CCCGUCUCCGCUGCACUCAGCCGGCCUUGUUUGGUGACCUUCUUUUUAGUUUGCAAAAGAUCGCUCAAUUUCCCCCUCCCUCCUUCCCCCAGAAGUCAUAAUGGCUGCCAACGGCGUCAACGGGACCAACGGGCCCGCGAGGAAGCACUACAACGAGGGCACCUUCCUCUUCACCUCCGAGUCCGUCGGUGAGGGUCACCCCGACAAGAUCGCCGAUCAGGUCUCGGAUGCCAUCCUGGACGCCUGCUUGGCCGAGGACCCCCUCUCCAAGGUUGCUUGCGAGACGGCCACCAAGACCGGCAUGAUCAUGGUCUUUGGUGAGAUCACCACCAAGGCUAAGAUCGACUACCAGAAGGUCGUGCGUGAGACCAUUAAGGGCAUCGGCUACGAUGACUCCUCCAAGGGCUUCGACUACAAGACGCUCAACCUCCUCGUCGCUAUUGAGGAGCAGUCCCCUGAUAUCGCCCAGGGUCUGCAUCUCGAGGACCGCCUCGAGAACCUCGGUGCCGGUGACCAGGGUAUCAUGUUCGGCUACGCCACUGAUGAGACUCCCGAGCUCUUCCCCCUCACCCUUCUCCUCGCCCACAAGCUCAACGCUGCGAUGGCCGCUGCUCGCCGUGACGGCACCCUGCCCUGGCUCCGUCCCGACACCAAGACUCAGGUCACUAUCGAGUACAAGCACGACAACGGUGCCGUGGUGCCCCUGCGUGUCGACACCAUUGUCGUUUCCGCCCAGCACUCUCCCGAGAUCACCACCGAGAAGCUGCGCAAGGAGAUCCUGGAGAAGAUCAUCAAGACUACCAUUCCGGCCAAGUACCUGGAUGACCGGACCAUCUACCACAUCCAACCCUCUGGCCUCUUCAUCAUUGGCGGCCCCCAGGGUGACGCCGGUCUGACCGGCCGUAAGAUCAUCGUCGACACGUACGGUGGCUGGGGUGCUCACGGUGGUGGUGCCUUCUCCGGUAAGGACUUCUCCAAGGUCGACCGCUCGGCUGCCUACCUCGGCCGCUGGAUCGCCAAGUCUCUCGUCGCUGCUGGUCUCGCCCGCCGUGCGCUCGUCCAGCUCUCGUACGCCAUUGGUGUUGCGGAGCCUCUCUCCAUCUAUGUCGACACUUACGGCACCUCGGAGAAGACGUCGGAGGAGCUUGUCAAGAUCAUUCGCGACAACUUCGACCUGCGCCCCGGCGUUAUCGUCAAGGAGCUGGAUCUGGCCAAGCCCAUCUACCUCCAGACGGCCAAGAACGGCCACUUUGGUACCAACCAGAACUUCAGCUGGGAGAAGCCCAAGCCGCUCAAGUUCUAAGUGAGAUACAGUGUCGCAGAAGAUUCAACUUCUCUCUGCCGAUAUGAUCUCGCUCGUCCUCUGGACGAUUCCUUGUUCCUCUAAUACUUUUUUUUUCUCACGGCAUCUGGACGGAUAAGCAUUACUGGCGUACGGUUCUCAACAAACCUGGGUGGGCGGAUAGACUUUAUAUCCCUGUCGUUUUCCACGUUUUGCUUGGGUGUCUUUUGGGUUGUAAGGUAAAAACGCUCGCGGGAUGAUGGUGUCUGGCGGCUGUAGGGGAAGAAGUCGAUACUCUUCCAAGCUUGGCUCCCCUACUUUCUCUUGCUCUUUCGCUGGCGGAAGGGAGUACGCCUCGGGGUUUCAUUUUGCACGAAUGGUCGAAAAAGAGAUUCGCGCGGGCACGGCGGGGUCAAGUUACGGGCAGUCGGCGUCUUUCAACAAAGACAUUGCGGGAGCCAAAAAGGCGCCAAUUUCAUGACAUUGCGAUACCCAAUGGGGAACGGCUUACACGGGCACAGCAAAUCGGCGUUUUGGGGAAAACAAAAGAACUUCAACAUCUUUUCUUUUCCUGAACCAUUAGACGUCGAUACAGAUCUUUUUGGCUUGGCGGGGGGCGAGACGGAGGCGUGUCGGCGACUCUGGGCCUAGGAGCCAUGGGAUCCCCGGAGCAGGCGAGGGAAAGUAGUGGUUCCUUGGUUGGGGGGAGAUGGAUCGUUCGAUAGCGGCCGUACCUGGUUCAGGGAAUUGAAUGAGGCUUGCCAUCAAAUUGACUCACUCAUGGAAUCCUUGUGAAGAUGUUCUUGCUGUUGUAUUCCCAGUCGUAGAUAUUGGAUGUUAUCUAAUGACAGCCGAGGACGACUGGGAGCCGUAUGUACAAGCCAGAACGAAGGUUGUGUAUAUUUACUUGGCAGUUUAACGCUAAACCGCCAUUGGAGCCACAGUAAAUUUGAGAUAGGGCUGAUCGUUUUGUAGAAUAUCAAACUGUAAAUUUACCUCUAGAACG